GAGAAUUCAAGAUUCGGUUGCACAUGUUAAGAAAAGGUAGCUGAAAGGAUUCAAAACGUCCGACAAAACCGGAAGACUACUAUGUGCCAAUAUGAUUGUCUUGUUUAAAUUGAAAUUCUCAAGUGCGAAUUAACACAAGGUGUUUAUGGUUUCUAAAAUUGCUUAUUUUAGGUUUCUUCUUGAAUACAUAAGUAAUGAUUUCAAAGUCGUUCUUGAAGCACUGCAUACAUUUAACAUGAAUGACGGUCUCGUAAGUCGAUAAACGAUCUUAGCUAAAUCAAAAGAUCAGUCAUUUCUUGAUCUUGGCGUAACUUCCCAACUGGGUUAAGGCCUGCUUUUCAGUUUGGUUUUCUAUGAGUACUUCCACAGUUAUUAACAGAGAGAUUCCUCUGCCUGUGAUAAUUUAGCAUGUGUAUUUCAUGCCGCAGGUACGAAGAUACCCAAUGAAGUCAAGGAAAUUACCAUUACGAAAAGUUCCUGAACCGACUGGGAACGUGUCACCCUCUGCAAGGUCAUGCUGAAUAUCUUCAAGCUUACUGCAUCGAAUACAUGGGCCCUUUUAAUAGUUAGUGAACCGAAUUUCAGUAAAAUCGAUCACCGAAACUACCGCAAUUUCGCUUCUCCAUUUUCAAAAAAAAGUAUCUUAGCUAGAAGUAGGUGUGUCUAAUAUUUUUCAUGAACCCUUUCCAUUUUAGCCACACUCUCCUCGUAAAGAUUUCAAGGUUAAACUACGUGCACCCAAACAGCAAACGAUUUGUGGUUACCUAAUCUUCUCUGACUGAUGCCUGUUCAAAGGGAUUAUUCGUCAACUUAUUAGCACAGAUAAAUAGACGCAAAAGUUAGAAGCUACAUACAACGAUGCAAUACAUCGGUAUGAAACAAUGAUCGCCCGUUUGACUAACCAUAAAUUAGGUGGAGAUUUCAACGAAGUGUUCGUAAGUGAACUAUAAACAUAAUCUUACAAUUACGUCUGUUUGUCUGUAUUAUAAGUAUUCUUCUGAGCAACGAAGAUGACACCGCCGCGCGUCUCUAAAUUUGGCAAACCCAAUUCACCACUCCUCGCAAAAUGCGCACAGCCCUGAAUCUAGCCAGUGAUAAACGACAGCAACAGUCGUCAAAACAUGGCGGCGUGGGUCAUCAACACCAUUUUGGCAAGUCUUCUAAUCUAUCGCCGCGAUCCCUUUGUACCUACGGCUACGAACGUCGUACGUCGCACCUUCGACCGCCCUCACUUUCACCGUAACGAAAGCGAAAUCCCUCUCUCUGUCUGUACACAAUCGUCUGCAGCCGCACUGCGGCGGCAGCCCUUGCUCGAAGAUCGAGCGAGAGGGAACAUGGGAUGCGCAGCAUCCCCAAAUUAUCACACGUUUUGCAUGGCACACGUUUCUUCGAUAGUUGACGAUCGGAUAUUGAUCCGACCGUACGUGUGCUUCGUUACGCGGGUGCGCACAACUUCCGCGCGGAAUUAUUACAACGGGCACAAACGCGACAAUUAUUUUUGACGCGAUAUCGAUCGAGAAUUCUGAUGAUUGCGCGCGAAGACAGUAACAAUCGUUGUCGUCGUCUGCAUAGGGUGAUUACCGUAAACCGCAAUAAUUGUAAUAUCGCGCGUCCGGGUCAGUUGGGUUCCGUGUGGUUCGAUUCGAGUUCGGUGGAAGUGGUGGUGGAAUACACUUGGAAGCCACUCGCAGGGGCAUUACCCGGGGUGCAAGUGCGUGUCCACUAAGUGGCACAGAGUGCUGCGGUCGGGUUCAGCAGAAUUGCCGGAGCUGAAUCAUUGAUAGCUGUGAGAACGGGAACAACUUUUCGCCGGCGGAAGUAGGAUCAAAAGGAGGUUAGCAAAAGAGCAGCGUAAGCUGUCACCGACAUGGGCAGUGAGCAUUACUGCUUGAGGUGGCACAAUCAUCAAUCCAACCUGUUAGGGGUGUUUAGCCAAUUGCUGCAGGACGAGAGUCUGGUGGACGUAACACUAGCUUGCUCAGAGGGCGCCUCCAUCCGAGCCCACAAGGUUGUUCUGUCGGCCUGUUCCUCGUACUUCCAGACGCUGUUUCUCGACCACCCGACCCAGCACCCGAUCGUAAUCCUGAAGGACGUCCCGUUCGCCGAGCUCCGCACGCUGGUCGACUUCAUGUACAAGGGCGAGGUGAAUGUCGAGUACUGCCAGCUGCCGGCGCUGCUCCAGACGGCCGAGUCGCUAAAGGUCAAAGGUCUGGCAGAGAUGACCAACCAGAACAGCACUCUGGCCGAACCAAAACGCGAACCGGAACGUCUACAACGGCCACAGAGUCACAGUAGCAGUGCAGCAGCUGCCGCCGCAACCGCGACCGCCACCAGUCUAACGUCAACUUCCUCUCCGGCAUCGUCGGACCGACAGCAGACGGCGGCAAGCAACACCUCCGGAGGUACCAACAGUGCAACAGCCGUGUCCCCGCACAACCAUCACCACCAGCACCAUCACCCCGCCCUUGGAUCACCAACGAGCAAUGCGGCCACGGCAGCAGCGGUGGCCGCUGCGGCAGCCUCCCUCGGCAUCACCGACCUCUCGACGAUAGGCAAAUCUCGCGGACUGGAUCCGGACGGGAGAAGUCCUUCGCCGUCGCGGCUGGACCGAUCGGCAUCACCACCUGGAACUCCCUUGGCCCUGUUUCCACCCCUUAGGAAAAAUCGUGACCACACUCAUAGCGGUUCGGUAACCUCGUCGGCAACUACUACCAUCACAGCGGCAGCUACGGAGCGUUCUUCGGAAGAACGGGAACUGUCAGAGCAUCACCAGCACCAGAAACGGCCCCGUUCGAACAGUGGCAACGCCUUCAGCACUAGCCUCAACAGCACUUCCGAAGGUCUCAGCAACAACAAUGCAAAUAGCGGCCCCAACACCGGAAGUGGGAACGAUGACGACGAUGAGGAAGAUAACGAGGAAAAUGGAAGUGUGCUAGCGAACGAAUCAAGGCAAGCCAACAGCGAACAGGAUCAUCCGAUACACAGUCACCGGCGGUCCAGCGCAGACGACGAUGGACGCCGCAGUAGUUCCAACAUCCACCACAACAAUAACAACAAUUCGGAUGACGAGUACGAGCCGCCGAUCAAGAUCAAGAGUGAAUACGAUUUUUUGCCUUACUCAGGGUUGAACAUGACGAUGAACUCGCCUGCGUGCCUAGCAAACUCCACUACCAGCAGCGCUGGUGGCGGUGGCGGAGGCAGCGGAGGAGGGUUGGUGAACUCCUCGGCAGCAGGCAGUCUACUGGGUGCCACCGAUUUGAGGCCUUCGUCGCGAGACAGCGGCCGAGGCGGUGGCACUCCGGUGGCGUGCAGCUCGACAACUACGGCGACCAAUAGCGGCAGCGGUGGUGGCAAUGGGAAUGCACUCGGAGGACUAGAUCGAAGCUCACCCCGUUCGCAACGGGAUCGAAGCGAGAGGAGUGCAUUCGGCAGCGGCGGCAUACCGAGUCCGCUGUCGGAACCCAUUGCCGGACCCUCGGGGAUGGCACCGAUGCAGCAGGUUCCACUGUCGCUGAAAAAGGAAGCCGACUGGGACCGAGGGGACGGAUCUGGUGACAGCUCGUUGGACUUUCGACACCCGCACGAUUCGACUCUGAACCACUUCUUCGGCGGCGCAUCGGCGGCAUCCACCGGAAGCUACUCCCGGGCCACCGGAAUCAAAUCGGCCCCAUCGGCAACGGCAGCGGCGGCUGCAGCCGCAGCUACGGCCACAACAGCCGGCAUCAUCGGGUUUCCCGGCGCAGCCGUGGGGGCCAUCCCGUUUGUGUUUCCCUUCGCUCCGUUGGGCUUGGGCCUGUUCGACACCGAUCCGAAGCGGAUUCUGAACCUGCUGCACCACCAGUCGGCCCUGGCCGAAGAGGCGUUGAGAUACCGCAACCUUCUGCUCGGGAACGGACCCUCAACCCCUGCCACACCAGACCGGGAGCCCAUGAACCUCGGGGCGGCACUAGCAUCCACCAUGUCGCCCCGAACCCCCAGCAAGCUGGACGACGAGCACCCAUCCACUUCGCGUCGAUCGGAAAGCUCCUCCAGCAAUGCCAGCACCACCACUACCAUAACAUCACCACCACCGCCGCUGAAAGGCGACAUAGGUAUACGGGUCCGCGAAGGUCUCACCAAGGAGGGCUUCCACAACGGGCUGGAACUUCUGCUACGAAAGCCACCAACCAUCUCGCUGGACAACGAGCCACCUUGCAGCAGCCCAGCCGAUCUGUCACUGUAUUCUUCGCUGAUGAAGGCUUCGGCAUCGCCCGUCGGUGAACCGAUCGGCAGCCAGACGGGGGGUGGCGACACCAAGUGUCACAUCUGUAUGGCUAACUUCCCGUCCGUAUGGCUGCUGGAGCAGCACUCGGCUCUGCAGCAUCCGCAUCUGACGAUCCACGACGAUAAGCCGUACUUGUGUGGACUGUGCGGACAGAAGAGCAGAUACACGUGCUGUCGCUACAGGACGGUGCUGGCGAAGCAUCGAGAACAGGGCAGUCGUAGUCGCGUGCCAGGCGAUAAGCUGUUCACGUGUGAUGUCUGCGGAAUGCAGUUCCGGUAUUUGAAGUCUUUUAAGAAGCAUCGAUUGAACCAUGCUCUGGAAAGACUGCACGGCAAGAAGGAUAAGGGAGGCGAAAGCGAGCAGGUGUCUAGCACUAACGAAAGUGACAGCGUAGAUUUGCGAGGUCUGAUCCGCGAUGACGAGAACAUGAGCGAUACCGAAGACCAGGAUGAUACGGUUGAUUCAAUGAACGUUUCAGCGGGUGCGGAAUCAUUAAGGGAGUUUAGCAUGGAGGAAAGUCAUGGAAAGAUUACUAGCUCGAUGAUCGAGCGUGCCGGAUCAGAGUUUGAGUAUAAGAAGUACCAAUCCGCCCAUCGAAUGGAAGCCGAGUCCAGCAGCAGUAGCAGCAGUGGCAUUCCGUCUACAUCGUCUUCGAUGAGUCAGACGUUGAACAGUUUGAUCAACGCUGAGUCCAUUCCACAUCACCAUUUGCUGGGGUUGAACCCACAGGAGGCGUCCAUCUUGAACUUCCUGCGUGUUGACGCGGCCGAAAAGAAUCGAGAUCGGCGCUUCGCUUGCCCAUUCUGCGGAAAGUGCGUACGCUCGAAGGAGAAUCUCAAGCUGCACGUCCGAAAGCACACCGGCGAGCGACCGUUCGUCUGUCUAUUCUGCGGCCGAGCAUUCGGAGGAAAGUCGGAUCUAACCAGACAUCUACGUAUUCACACUGGCGAGCGGCCGUAUCAUUGCGAAGCGUGCGGCAAGUGCUUCGCCAGAGCCGACUAUCUUUCGAAACAUCUGACCACUCACGUGCACAAUACCUCGCCACGCUGAGAGGAGGGCCGGCGGAGGAGACGGAUGGUCCUCUGUCGGAAGUGAGGCACUUGACGGAUGCCUGGGGAAUGGGGAUAGGAAUGGGCUGGGAGGGGAUUUCGCACUCAUACACACAAGAAACUACAAAAGUGACAGCAAACAAAGCAAUAAUUCACCGAAAUGACUGCACACAAACUAUGAAACAAAUGUAGAUUUUUAUCGAUGUCUUAUUUCACGCCCACAACAAAUGAAAAAUUAAAAAAAAGAAAAUGGAAUUAUAACCUAACUUUAGUGAACGCAAAGCAAAACCAAACACUGAAUCAAGAAACUCAACGAAGCAAGCCAUGCCGCAUGGCGCAAAUGCUGUGCGCAGAGAAAUAAAUGAAAACAACUUUACCUCAGUAAAACUAAAGAGAUAUGUAACGAAAACCACAGCGAUAGCAGUACUAAACUCACCCCACAGACACACUCACAACACAAGGCAUCUUCUACUGAUCUAUUGAGGCAGAACAAUAGAGAACGAAUAAUAGGAUGAAAAACAAAUUUUUGGUUUCAAUGUGAGCGUAAUUGUUGCUACUUACCGUAUUAAGAUUAACACCGUGACACACAUUCAGAUUCACACUGAAAACCACGCCAAGAGCAACGCAGACGAGAGAAGUGAAUACUCUCUCUCUCUUACACACACACACACACACACACACACACACACACACACACACACACACACACACACACACACACACACACACACACACACACACACAAACACUCGACUGCGAAGAGCGUCGCGUGAAUUAUUUUCAUUCUUCAAGAAGAAAAACAAGAAAAAUCCGCAAUUACAAAGUCUGUGAUUUUAUGUCAUUAACUAUUGCGAAUAUUUAAAACAAACACACUCACACAUAACCACAAAUAAUACACUCACAUCGUUUUAAGUGUAGAUCAGUGACAACUGCAACUCAUACACACACACAUACACACAUGUAUCUACCAACACAACACUGCAAGGUUCAGUUUUAAGGGAUUGAUUUUUUGUUCUUUUAUGAAACGCGUGUUCCGUCUGCAAGGCCGUAACCGAAAAGAUAUUAUCGAUUGUUUUUAGCGUUUUUAGUGGUAGGAGUUUAUUGUUAUGUUGUUUGAAUGCGAUUAACUGUGCAGUGCACGAACACACACACGGACAGAAUAAGUUUUUAAAAGAGAAAUUUAUUUCGAGCUAACACGGCGUAGAGCCAGAAGCCGAGAGAGUACGUGAUCAAAUGCGAGUUUGAGUGAAAUCUGGUCGUGUUUUUGGUGUCACACGAACGCACCUGCAGUGGUUGAAUUCUUCACAUCGAUUUCCGGCAUUUUGUCGGCUUUUGGAUCUGAUGCCCCUUAGCUCAAUUUUAACCAUCUAUAUUCAGCAGAAGCUUCGGAAUGGAUACGUCGGUUGGGCGUUCCAAUGAGAAAAGAUUGUCUAAAAACACUGAAAUCUAUAGUAUAUACACACACACGAAAAUAUUUAAGCAAAGGUAUAGUAGCAAAAAAACUGAAUGUGAUUGUUUUCUAUAUAUUCAACAGAUUUAAACUAUUUAUACUUAUACAACAAAGACAGAUGCAAUAGCGUUUUACAAUAGACUUUUACAGCCGUAAUUGAAUCAGGUUUUUAGUUAAUUUUUUACUCUAUAUUUAUAAUGAAACCAAGUUUUAAACAACAAUCAAAUAGUGGAGCGGCGUCUACCCGAGAGAUGCCGCCGCCAGAACGGCGUAAAAUGGUUUUCAAUUCUCCGAGCCCAACGUGGGUUUGCCGCCGAACAACUAAACAAAGAAAACAAUGUGAAAAUCUAAACAAACAGCCCACACAACAACCACAUACAACGAAAGCGGAAGAAAUAGUUUAUUGUUUGGUCUAAGGCAUAUUACUUUUUAAAGAACUCACAUCGUAUAUGUAGAACUCGUGCAACAGCAGCAAGCAAAACCACACUCAAACAACCGAAACAAUUUUAUAGACGUUUUCCUUCCUAGCGCAAACAAAGUAAAACAUUUUAAAUAAUAAUAAAAAACAAUUUCACUGUGCCAAAUUAAAUGUACCUCAGUAAUAAACAAGAGAUAAAUAGCGUGUAGAGAAACAUACACACACUAUGACACUCAAACAAACACACUCACUGUCACACACACAACUUACACAACUAUGAACAGUUCAUCGGUUUGUUACUUAAAAAUAAAGCAAAAAAAGUAUAAAUGUCUACCAAGAGCAAAAGCAAACUUAUUCGAGCGAUGUGUAAACAACUUCUAACUUGACCCCUAAAUUUCACUUAAUUUGUGGUAAAACGUAAUCGAAAGCCUACAACAACAAAAACCAAACAAAAAAUUCUCGGUGUGAUGCAAAACAAAACAAAAAAAAACUAAGCAUUUUAUCAACUCUAGAUUCGAAUCACUCGUGCAUUGAAGUUUGAAGUAUGAAAAAAAACACAGAAAAUGCUAACAAAAAAAAAUAUUUGGUGUCGUUCUCGGAAAAUAACUAAAACAAACAAAAAAAUCCAACACACACACACAAUCACACAUUACCUAAACACUCACAGACACGAACGGCGGGGAAGAAGCAAGAAACCGUGCGCGACCAAUCUCCACACCCUGUGGAAAAUCUAGCUUGUGUAUGUGCGUGUGUAAUUAAACAAGAAAAACAAAACGAAAGAAAAAAAAUCUGUACAAUUAAAGUGUCGUUUCAGUAGUUUUAAGCUAAACAACCAACCGAAAGGGAAAUUGCGUUCUCGUUCCGAGCGAUUUUCUUUGAUUCCGAAGAGUAUUGUGUUCAUUUUAUAUUAGUAGUUUAUCUACACUUACCACACUCUAGCAUAGUCUAUCAGUAUUGUUUUUUUGUUCUCUUUUUCUUGGCUGGGUUAGUUUUAGUUACGCCACCACAAUAGGUUUCCUCUCUCAAACACGCACAAUAGUCCUACGCGCGUACAUACGUAGUGCAUAUUCGAUAGUGGAAUGGUUUUUAUUGUUUUGACCAAUUGGACAGGGUAGUGACUUUUUUACAGUACGUUCAAACGCGGAAAAGUUGUAGAUGUGGGGUACUUUUAUAGUAUGAUUGAAUAAUUAUGUUAGUAGCUCGGAGUCUCUCUCUCUAGAUUUGUCCGAGAGUUUCUUCCAAGUUUUAUGAAACCUCCUUCAGGAUUUUCUCCCAAAGAAUUUCCCGGAUUUUUCCUGGAGUUUCUCGCCAGAUUUCUUCCGCAAUACCUCCAGAAAUUUUCCUCAAAGGUUUCCACAGUUCGUGUCGGAAUUCCACCUAAGAUUACUGCCUGAAGUUUUUUUUCUGAGAUGUAACAUUUUUUUCGGAAUUUCUUCCGAAGUUCCUCCGAAGGAAUUUCGUAGGCUGUUCCAGGAUGAACAGUAAAACCUCUUUUUAUGCAGAUUUAAAUAUAGAACAUAGUUUAUCUAUCCAUUGUUUAUGUAUAACUGCAUUAUUAUUGCUUUCAGAUCAAUUCAGGUAAAUGAAAAUUUCAAUAUCCUACUAUAUUUGUACAUAUGCCAAAAUUCUGCUUUUUCGCCAAGGAAAGCGUCCCAUAAUUUCCUAUCCAAAAUCCAACUCCAGAUAUCUAUGAAGUGGGCCAAGUUCUUGGACACAUUCUGAGUAGAUAUCUAAUCAACAUUUCCUCCCCAUCCCCGCUGAUCGUAAGGACCUGGCCAGGUGUCGAACAAAGAGAUCGUUCAAUGAAAGGUUUGUCAAGUCCCAGGCAACUUUUCUGGCGCAUUGAACGUCUCUAUCGACGGCCACCCCAGGAUGUGUACGGUCGGCUAUGCUAUGCUAUGCUAUGCUAUGCUAUUUAAAUAUAGAACAUAGUUUAUAGAAGAGAACAAAAUGAGGUCUAAGAAUAAUCUAACGAGUGAGGGGAAAAUGGGCGAUCCAGGGGGAUCUUAUGGAGAUUUUAUCUUAAGUAGAAACAAUAAAGCGUCGCAGAGAGGAUUUUACAUGGGCUUUGGAGGAAUUCAAAGAGUUUCAUGGUGUUUCGCGAAAGUUUCAGGGGGUAUCAGGAGCGUUUUGAGGGGUCUCAGAGGGAUUCAAGGGGGGUUGAAGCGGUUUCAGGAGGCUUCAGAAGCGUUUCAAGAAUUCUUAUGAGGCUCAGGCAAGGUCCAGGGAGUCUUAGGGGCAUUUUGGGAGAUCUCAGGAUGAUACAGGGAUGUUGCAGAGUAGUUCGUGAGCAUUUUAUGGAGUCCAAGAGAGUCUCUGGGCGCCUUAGGGAACUCAUGUAAUCGCGUGAGUGUUGCAGGGAAUCUCAAAAGGAGUCAGCGGGAUUUUUUGGGAUCUCAAGUACAUCUUUGGGGGUCUCAAGAGGGUUACAGGGAGUAUAAAGAGGCCUCUAAACGAACACCCAGGGGGUCUCAUGAGCGUUUCAGGGGGUUUAGCGAGAUUUCAGGAAGUCUCAAGAAAGUUUUAGAAGGAUCACGGCAGUUUCAACCCAAGCAGCACACAGGUCACAAAGGAGUGUCGACAGCGCAGGUUUUUGGUUGUACACGAGUCAUUUACAUGUUAUUUUUCCUUUGCUUUGAAUAACUAGAAAAUGACUCGUGCCCAACCAAAAACCUGCACUGUCGCAACUCCUUUGUGACAUGUGUGCUGCUUGGGAAGGGAGUUUCAGUGGACCUUAGGAGGGCUCAGGGAGGUUUCAGGAGGUCUGAAUCCUCUAGAAACCCCUAAGGAACACCCUAAGCGCCAUCUCAAACCACCAGCAGCAAAACUUAUUUUCAAUUUUCUUCAUUGUACUCUAAAUUAUGAAUGCACAAACUUUAUGCCAUGUUUUGAUUUAUGGACAUAUGUAAAUGUUUGCACUUCCAAUCCAUGGCAUAAAAAGACGUUCCAGUAUUUCAAGGAAAACUCGCAUAAAAUUCAGACUAGAACUCUGGAAGUAUUUAUGAGAGAUACCUUCAAAGGAACAUCAAUUAGAAACCCGGGAUAAGUUUCAGAAGGUAUUCUGGGAAGAGCAAUUGAGUUAAUCCCUGAAAAAUCUGUGUGAGAAAUAUCAGGACGUUUACAGCAACUAUGAAGUGUCUGAAACAACUAUGAGAGAAAACUAGGAAAAAAAAACUCAGAAAGAAAUUGUAGAAAGAACUCCUUCUCCGAAAUAUUAUCAAUGACUCCUGAAGAAAUCCCGAAACGAUCUCUCUUCGAUAGCUUCUUGAAGAAAAUUGAAAAAGGAACUCCGGGAGAAAUCUUGUAAGGAAUCCUGAAAGCGAUACGCGGCAGCUUUUAAGGAAUUUAGAGAUAAACUCUUGCAGAAAACCCAUUCAAACUUCUGAAAAAUCCUAAAGGAACUUUAGUCCCUAGUCUCCUGUAAAAAAUCUGGGAUAAAUCGAUCGAAACCAUGAAAAAGCUGGGUGAAAUUCCAGUAAAACCUCUUGAGAAAAUUCCGGGAGGAACACCAGGCAGAACUGCGGAAAGUAGUUUAGGAGAAAUUCCGAAAAAUAGCCUAAAAGAACCCGCAACGACACCUAAGAUAACCCUGAGAGAAACUACUAUAGAUAUCCUAGGAUACACCCUGAUGAAAAUCCUAUGAUUUUUUUUUAGUGGAAACGCUGGCUUUAUCUAUGAAAGAAAUUCACAUAUCCCUGAGAUAAACUUCAGGCGAAAAUGGAAUCUUGGGAAAAUGCGGGUAGAAAUCCGAAAGUAUCUUCGAAAGGAGUUUAUUCCAAUACUAAGAAAAGAAAAAUUGGAAAGAGAAAAAAAGUUUUGAGAAGCCCUGGAAGGCAUUGCAAGAGGUUUUCCUCAGAGUUCCAGCAAUCCUUGUGGAAGAAUUUCUGGAGAAUUUAUCCGCGUCCACUUAAAGUUAACAGCCUCUUUUCGGAACCUUGAGCUUGCCGGAAAUGCUUAAUGUAGCACUCCACUUGUAUCUUUAGUAUAGAUAUCCAGAUUUUUUCUGUAUUUAACUCGAGAUUUAACUUGCAGUCCACUCUCCAUAGAAAUUAGCAACUUCUACGCGGAAUCACAAGCUACCAGUAACAAUUUCCAACAUAACACGUAAAAGAUUUGUUUUGACUUCUGAAAGUUUUGCACUACACGCAUGUGGUAAACGUUCAUGUUUGAAAGAAAAUGCUACAUGUUUAAAAAAAAUCGUACAAACUAUGUAGUAAACUCUGGCGAUUAUCCUUAUGAGCAGGGAUGGCACUGCCACUGCGCACAGAAAAUGUGCACAGUGCAGUACAUUCUCAUAUUAAAACCGCUCACUCUUGACUCAUGCACUGAGGAGCAUACCAUCUCUGCUCAUGAGUAGAUACUACAAGUAGUAUACUUUGUUAUUCAUACGGCCCAUUGAAUUUGUCCCCUUGGGGUGUAAAUCCGACCCUGCGUAUAUCAAUGUUGCUAGCCAAAAUAUAUUCUAAAAAUCACUCACCUCGUUUAUUGAUGUAACUUCUUUCCCAUAGAGGGUGGAGAGCGUUGGCACCGUGUAACCGUUGAUGAAGUACUGAUUUUGUUAUCGGCAGCUGGUGGGUAAUUCUCCGAUUGAGGACUUCGCAGCUUCUUCAUCACUAGGAAAGUAAGCUGAAGCUAUAUUCAAUAUGUCUAAUGACUGCUGAAUUUUUUUCCUCAUUGAAACGAUGUUUCAUGAAUUUUGUAAUGGGAGUUGCUAGGAUAGCUAUCAUCAUAGAGUAACUUACAUCUUGGUAUUGUAAUGCCCAGCAUCUAUGAUGGUUUCAUUGUUUAGCAAAGCUUUGCAAAAGCUCGCCUGAUGUCUCUCUUGCAUGAUGUAGGAUUGCCUGAACCAAUUUCAAUAUUAGUCGCUGCGGUGACGAUCUGCUUUUUUGUGACUGGCGACCAGUGACUGACUAGCCGGGUGGAUUGUUUCGAGAUUUCUGGGACCUUUGUAUUUCCAGUGAUUCACUGUUGUUCUCGCUUCAUUUCCGUCAAUAUCCGGGAUCAUUUCUGUAGUUCGUUCCUUAGAUUCAGUCUUAGAUGAAUUUGCACAGUUAUUUCCAGUAAUGCAUACCGGGCUUGGUCCAGGAAUUUGUUACUGCUGGGUAAAUUGAGCUGCUACUGCCGCUGUUUUGAAUUCCCGAAUUAACUGCUACUCCUUCUUUAACCUGUCUUCCUGGGACUUCAAGAUUCCAGGGUUUAGUGUUGACUUUUGUAACAGAAACAGGCAGUGUAGACUUGUUGUUUCAUUUUAACUGCUGAUGCUUAUUGUCGCUGGGGUUGUUACGGUUGGUAUCGGCUCGUACCGGUAUUUUUUAUAACCUAAAAACAAGAUGUCAACGUUAUCAAUGGAGAACUCCAAUAGUGAAACACAUUAUUUUCGAUUAAUAAAGUUAAUGAAGUACUAUGAUGGGUUUUGGGUAAAUAUUGCAGUAUUUUCAGUUGUAAGUUUACCUUUCUUCACCCCAUAUCUACAACUGACCCGAUAAUCUCUAAUUAUCACAAUUUUAAAACAUUCAGCUUUCUAAAUUACUCCUUGAAAAGCACUCAAAAUUGUAAAUCACCCGCAGUAAAAGCAGUAGGCACACUCGUGUAGAAGUUCUAUUUGGUGUCAAUCUUUCAAAUCUCGUGUAAUCAUAUGAAAACAAAAACCAAUCCGGAAUGAAAGCAUCCCAAAACAACCACACACAAAAAAACUGACAUUACAAUUCAAAAGCAAUAAUAUUCAUGGAAUGAGCGCAAAAUGAAAGGAAAUCGAGUGGAACACACAACGUGAACGAAAACGUGAAACAAAAAAACGAAAACAAAGAAAGGAAACACAAUAGGAACGGAGAAACGGUAGAUGAAUGUUAGCCACUAUUUAACGGAUAACAUGAGAAACAAGUAGAAACUAAACAGAAACAUGCAAAAAAGUAUAUAAAAUAUAUUUUGUUCAGGGAAUAGGCACGAUAAGCAGAGUAAUAUUUGUGAGAAAACGAAAAAAAAACAAAAGAAGCAAACCACGCCCCUUAUCAUUGUCAUACAGACUGUAAACCACGAGCAAGGAGUAGGAUGAGAAUGGUGUUGCAAAAACCGAUGCAAGGAAAAGGGUUAAAAUCAAGCGUGCGAUUGUUUUAAUGUUAUUUCUUCUGUUUGUUUUAUUUGCAUAUUUUGAGCUGACGUGAACGUAGGUUAAGUUUUAUUGUUUGUUUAUCUAAUUUUAGGCAAAAAUUCUCGUUUACCUCAUGUGAAGAUAACUACAAACACAAAGUCCAUUCGAAGUAAGUUGUAAAAUAAGGUUAAACUAAUUCACUGAAUGGAAAGGGCAUGGGACGAUGGAGGACGCGAAAUGUUCCUAGAGUUGAAAUUGAAGAAUUGAUGAUUACACUGUAAAGGUUUAUUUGGAGGAAAAAAAUGUACUAAUCAGGACACGAUCCAUUGGCACGUCGAAAUUUUGAUCUGAUGCAAAAGCGAUGAUAUUAGUAACCAUUAGGAUUAGUUUUUCGAUUUGGAAGGAAAAAUCUUCAAGCAAAAAAGCAUAUAAUGUAAACAUAAAUUGAUAAUUCCUAAGUUAAGCAAAAUCGUAAAAAAAAACAAUGAAAACACAUGUAAAAUUUUAUGGAGGGGCAAUAGACUUAGUAGUUAAAUCAAUUGCAGAACAAAAAGAAAAGAGCAGAAACUGGAGGAAAUGAUUAUUAAUGAAAAGUUUUAUAGUGAAAACCCAGAGCAAAGCUAGGAGCAGCUCUGCCCGUCUGACGGGAAAUAGAGUUGUGCGAUAUUAUUCGUCUAUAUAGGUUCGCAAAAUUAGUUUGUGGCAGGAUGCAAAGGGAGAGGCGUGAAACUCGAGAAUUUAUGGUGAUGGUCGAAAAUUCUCUUAAGACAAAAAAAAAAACAAGAUUAUUUGGUGUUGUGACUUACUUGAUAAUGGAGAAGCAUUGAUAUACAAUAAAUACACUAUUAUAGCACUAUUGAUACUAAAAAUGAUCACUCAAUGAGAAAAAUAUAGCAAUUCUAACCUAAAACAAAUGAUGACAACUAACGAAUGAUGAACAAGAGAGAAAGGAAGAAAAGAGAUAAAAAUAAACGAAAGCAGAGCGAUAGGAAUAUUCACUGCGAAUGAUUGUGAUAAAAACUGACAAACAAGCGGAAACAAUGUUUGCGAAACGGGAGAUAGGAUAAGUAAUUGGGAGUGCGGCCACUGGAGACUGAUUUAUACGAGGGAACUGCGAAGAAGGAUAUUUUAUGCCAUUCGUGAAGGACAGAGAGCAAAGGGGUCAGACACAUACCCAUACGUCUUAGCGAUAGAGGAAUCACAAAUCACUCACUCACUCACACAUACAUUCUUAAAUUGAGGAGAUAAUCUACUAAUGUAAAAAAAAUCAUCAAAUAAGCGUGGUUCGCUGUUUCCGUAGAAAAGUCGAUUUGACGGUUUCAUCACAAAUUAGCAAACACAAAAACAGUGGCGAAUAAGAACCAGAACAAAACAUAAACAAAUCGUGUCAGAAAAGUUUUAUAUUUUCCGCCCAAAAACUACAAUGUGUUACCAUUCAAUUAAACUUAUAUGUACAUUUUAUAUUCCAUCGAAAGACAAAAACUCUUACAAGAUAACGUAUAUUUUAACUUUGCAUUUAUUGCAUACUUUCUUUUAUAAGGAAGAAUGCAGAAAAUGCAAUAUGUAUUAAACGAAAUCGGUGAGAAAGUAUUUAUAGUCAUUUUAGAAGGAUUCCAGGAGAAUUGUGCGGAACAACAAAAGGUUUAGGUAAAUUUUAAACAAACGAAAACAAACCAUACAUUGUAAUCGCACUAUUACAGCUUUCGAUGUCCAAUUUAUGACUCACAUACAGUCCUAAAACCACGCCCGAAUCACUCAAUCCGAGCGUUAGUUCAAUGUAUUUCAACUUGAAACACAUUCAAACUCUUGAGCCCCAUUUUAUUUGUUCUUUCCAAACAAUCCCUCAGUAGCAAUCACAACCACAGACACACACACAGCUCGACAAACCGGGAAAUCAACCAAGUUACCAAAAGCGGCUAUAUUUGUCGCCAAAGUCCACCAGCAACCAGAAAACUAAUGAACUGUUAAGUUAUUUCAGCCAAGCAAACAAAUAAAAAAGAGUAAAUAAAAAACGAAAAAUGCCUGCCAAUAAAAAUAGAUGAACAAGAAAACCGUACCAAAUAGUGAAAUAUUAAAAACAAACUAUUUUUACAUUAAUGAAGACGGUAAACAUUAGAGCAAAACAACCAAGCAACAAUGCAAAGUGAUAACACUUUUUUCCAACCAACGCUGACGUGUUUUUUGACCGAAUACAAAUACCCAUACACUGUAAUAGCACCAACUUCCGUACAGAUACCAGAACCAGCGAGACAAAAAGAUAAGAUUUUAAAAUCUUCCAACAGUUUAGUUUGAAGUAAUUCAAAAACAUAAAAUUUAUUUUUCGAGAAAAAAACUACGAAACAAAGCAAUGAAAUGAAACGAAGUGCGGAAGAGAUCGGAGAAGGCAAUGUUACCUGAAAGGAGAAAAGAGCGAUUAUAACUAACUGUCUGGAAAACACAAGGAAUGGGUCAAAUGACGCGAAAUUAGCGGAAACGGAGCGUACUUGUACCGAAUGCUAUUGUUGUAUCUACUUUUAAACAGAAUACUUUAUUUUCAAUACUCACUGCUCUCACCGAAAACCUAAACUGAGGAAUAUGAAACAAAAUGAACUGACAGAUUGACAAACACAAACACACACACCAACAAACACCCACUCAAACAGACAAGCACACAACAGCAGUUUACAGUCGGAUAAAUACAAUAAACAAUAAUAUUUUUUGAUACAAGUGUUUUUACAAAACUUUUAAGCAAUCAGAACAGCAAGCAAAGAUCAUACACCGAAACAGCUGGAAAACGUAGCAGCGAGUGCGAACAACAACUACUAGUCGGCAAGACGUGAAGGCAAGCCUCUAGCAUACUAACUCAAGUCCGAGAACAACCACUCAACACAUACACACAGGCAGGCACUCUGAACUGUGUGCGUUAUUGUUUCCGUAUCAUUUUUAUCUUCUUACCACUUGUUUCCAAUCAGACCGUAUAAUUGUAAAUGUCCGGACCGUGGUAGAGAAGUAAAAUUCAAAAUCAUGAAAUUUAUCAGAUUAUAAUUUAAAAAAAAUAAAUAAAGAUGAAGCAAAGAAAAAAACUCCACAUGAUGGGUGAGAAUCAAUUUAGCAAAGCAGUGUAAUUUUUCAAAACAAAAAAAAAAACAACAAAAACAUUGUGGCAUAAAUACCAAUUUGAAGACAAAAUUGUGAAAAUAAUGAAACAAAAAGUAAAACACAACCAGAAAAAAAGCUAUAUUAAAUUGUGUGAAAAAAAUCUUCUUAAUUCUUGUUGUAAUAAAUGUUAUAUUUAUUGAAAAUAAAAAGGAAAAGUAUAAUGAAAAUGUA